ACCACUACGUUAUUUGCAGUGUGUUUUCAACAAGAAUGUGAUAAAAAUUGCCUUGAAAAUAUUAUUGAAAAUGGCUAGCAGAAACAGAAGAUACACAGUAAAUGAAAUCAUAUCAAUGCUUGAGGAUGAAGGUAACUUUGAAAGGGCAGAUAUACAUGUUCAACCACCUCCUGUAGAUGAACUGACAGAUGAAGAUAGUGCAAGUGAAGAUGAAGAAGUAGGUUACAACAACCUCAGUGGACGUCAGUUAGACCAACAAGCAACAGUGACAGUUAUCCGCCUAGAUGGACGUCAUGUUGUUGAUUCAGCAUCAGACUCCGAUCUAGAAACUGACCAUUCUUCAGAUUCUUCUGAUACAGAUGAAUACGAAGUGCCUGCAAAUAUUGCAAAAAGACCUCAAGUAAGAAUUGCACUACGGGAUCCAGCUCCGCGUCCCAAACGACCUGCACCAGUAAAGAGAAAGUGGGAAAAUAAAGAUCUACCUGAGCAAAAUAAAGACAGAUUCACUUGGCAUGGCUCAAAUAUAGACAAAAGUAUAUGGCCGCAAACACCAGAUGGCAUCUUCAACUUAUUUUUUGAUGAUGACGUGAUCAACAUGAUUGUUGAACAGAGUAUAAGAUAUGCUGGUUCAAAAGGCAACCAUUCGUUUUCAACUUCACCCCAAGAAAUUAGGAUCUUCCUAGCAAUUCUGCUUAGAUCAGGCUAUAACACUGUGCCAAGACGGAGACAGUUCUGGAGCCGGGAUGAUGACGUAAGGAAUGAGGCAAUAGCUCGUACAAUGCCGCGAGACAGAUUCGACAUAUUGGUGCGAUAUGUACAUCUUUGCGAUAACAACAAUCUUGACAGAGAGGACAAGUUUAGCAAAGUAAGACCACUGCUAUGUCUGCUGAAUGAGCGCUUCUUGUUAUACUUCUUGAAAGGGAAAAACCUUUCAAUCGACGAAAUCAUGAUCCCGUACUAUGGGCGACACGGAGCGAAACAGUUUAUUCGCGGUAAACCAAUUAGGUUCGGUUAUAAGAUGUGGGCGUUAACGACAGCACUUGGAUAUGUUUUACAAUUUGAGCCCUAUCAAGGGGCAAACGGCCACCAAACCCAUGAUCCUGGCUUCCUUGGAAUGGGCGGAGCAGUAGUUAUGGACCUGCUUUCAGAGCUGCAGAAAAAUGAUGCAUACCAUCUGACUUUUGAUAAUCUAUUUACUUCCCUGAAGCUUAUGGACCGGCUUACAGAUAUGGGAAUAUCUUGCACAGGAACCAUCCGUGCCAACCGAAUAGAAGAUUGUCCUGUCAAAAAUGUAAAAGACAUGGGAAAAACGCAACGAGGAAACUAUGAUAAAAGGUAUGACGCACACAAAGGUCUGAUAGUGGUGAGGUGGAAUGACAACAAUAUAGUGAAUGUGGUGUCAAAUUGCCAUGGAGUUGAACCAUUGCAACAAGCAACACGGUGGUCAAAGCAGGCAAAAGCUAGGGUGCGUCUUCCGCAGCCAUACCUUAUAAAAGCAUUACAACCAGACAAUGGGAGGUGUGGACAGGAUGGAUCAAAAUGUUGA